AUGCUUCUCAUGAAUGUUUUGAAAAGGAAUGGUGCAGCAUCAGGCCAUCGAAUUCUAAGCGAAAAUAAUCAUGAUGGCCAGAAAUUAAAGGAAAACAAAGGUGGCGAAGACACUGAAACGGAGACAAAGAUAAGAGAAUCUCAUAUGAUAGUGGCUGCACUCGUAGCAACUGUUACAUUCGCAGCAGGUAUCACCAUGCCUGGUGGUUAUUACCAAGCAUCAGAUCAGGGAAAUGCCAUGAGUAACGUAUCACAGCAAAAUGUUACGGGCCCGGCCCCGGCCCUGGCCCCGAGUAAUGGACCAACUCCGGGUUAUGCAGUUCUGACAAAAAAUACAGCUUUCCAAAUUUUUUAUUUAUCCAAUAUGCUAGCCUUGUGUUUGUCUACUUAUUCUGUCCUUAUGCACCUUUUCAUAUUGACACUCCCUGAGGGAAAAGAGAUGAGGUCCAAACGGUUUUGGCGUUCUAUUAUAUAUACCACUAUGACGUCUGUAGUUGCAAUGAUGAUUGCAUUCACUUCAGGCACAUAUGCAGUCUUAGACGUUACAUCUUUUGAGACUAGUCGGUGGCCUCCCUUCCCUUCCAACCUUGGUCCAUUCUUCUCCUCUCCUUGCCUUUCCCCUCCCUUGGGCUUUUAUUAG